CACACACACAAUAACCAGCAGGAACUUUCCUCUCGUCUGUUGGUUCCACGCUGGAUUAUUUUUGGAGACGUGCAAACGGAUAUUUGAAGCAGUGAACGUGUGAAACUCACUGUAAUGAGUUUUAUCGUCCUUGUGUGUCCAGUGGAGGCGGCGCUCACUCUUGAGAAGGAUUCCUCCUCCUCCUCCUCCUCCUCCUCUACCUCGUCCCUCUAACUCUGUUUUUCAUCAUGACUCAUUUGUCAGGUUUUCAUCAAAUCCACUGUUUUUUAAUCACUCUUUUCCUGAAGAGACGACUCAUUCUCGUCUUUCCCUGAUAAACUCUGCUCUGACAGGUUUUGUUUUUUGGGCACAAACUGAGAACACGGAAACGUUUACCUCUCAUUUUUGGAUUGUUGGAGUUUCACAACUUACACUCCUUUGCUAAAGUCAGACGCAGCCGUCUUAGUCGUUUUCCGCUCUGAGAGAAUGUGGUCGACCUUUUUCGUGACCGAUGAGGAAGGCCGUACGGUGGUGCCGGCGGCAGGAGGGACGGUGCCGGUACCAGCAGGAGCGAGUCAGGGAGGUUUGACCAGUCUGAUGACCGGACGCACCACGUUCGGAGGGAACAAACGUCGCAGGACCACGUCCAUGGGACACAUGAGUGAGGCGCAGGAGGGAAAGAUCAAGUUGGCGUUCUUCGUGGCCAUCGUGGGCGUGGUCCUCACGGUGCUCGGUGUGGGCACGGAGUUCUGGGUGGAGCUGGCACCGUCCAAGAGUUUUUACAACAACCAGACCUGUCUGACGGCUCAUUAUGGUCUGUGGAAAGGCUGCACCAAGACCUUGUGGGUGACUGAUAUCGACCCAGAGAGACUGAGCUGUGGACCUGCGGAGCUGCCCGGAG